UCAUUUGAGUACGCAAGAAUCAUGCCGAAGGUCGUGUCGAGAAGUAUUGUUUGUUCGGAUACGAAAGAUCAAGAAGAAUAUAAUGAAGAGAAACCGUUGAAUGUUUAUUACUGUUUGUGUGGAAAUAUGGCUUUGAUUUUAGAUUGUAGUCUUGACAAGUUACCUUUGAGACCCAGAGAUGGAGCAAGGGUGAUAGAUGGAAGCAAACAUGCUCAUAAACUCACCUGUGAUAUGGAUGAAGUUGUUUAUUUAAAAAGGCCAGAAGGAAUUGAAAAACAACACAGGAAGAAAUGUAAAAAAUGCGGUUUAUUUUUAUUUUAUCAACAUAAUCCUUCAAGUAAUAUAACUUUCGUUGCCAAAGGUGCUCUCUGCAAAGUAGUAGAAGGACUUUUGAAAACGAACAUGUUCUCGCAAGUAACGUCUGAACCUAAAAAGAUUAUGGUUACAAAACAUACAAAAAAUAUGGGAAAAUUCAGCUCUGUUACAGUUUCGACUAUAGAUGAAGAGGAAGAGGAAAUUGAAGCCCGUGAAGUUGCGGAUUCGUAUGCAAAUAAUGCAAGAAUUAUUGAAAAGCAACUAGAAAGAAAAGGAAUGAAUAAGAGGAAAUUAUUGGAGCAGGCCGCUCAGAUAGAAUUUGAAGCAAAGAAAGCGAAACCUCGUGGGACAUUGAUCGAUAAAUCUGCCUGUCCCAAUAUAUAAAAUUGUAUAGAAUUCUCUGUAUAAAAAGUCAUCUGUAUUAUAUUCAUUGUAACAAUAAAAAGAUUUCACAAGUUUUAUAUUU